UCCUUAUCCUCGUCUUCAUCCUUAUCCUCAUCGUCAUCUUUGUUCUCAUCUUCAUUCUCAUCCUCCUUCUCUUCUUCAUUCUCAUCUUUGUCUUUGUCCUCAUCUUCAUCCUCAUCUUCUUCCUUAUCCUCGUCUUCAUCCUCAUCCUUAUCUUCAUCUUUGUUCCCAUCUUCAUUCUCCUCCUCCUCUUCAUUCUCAUCUUUGUCUUUGUCCUCAUCUUCUUCCUUAUCCUCAUCUUCAUCUUCAUCCUCAUCCUUAUCUUCAUCUUUAUCCUCGUCUUCAUCCUCAUCUUCUUCCUUAUCCUCGUCUUCAUCCUCAUCCUUAUCUUCAUCUUUGUUCCCAUCUUCAUUCUCAUCCUCCUCUUAAUCCUCCUCUUCAUUCUCAUCUUUGUCUUUGUCCUCAUCUUCUUUCUCAUCCUCAUCUUCAUCCUCAUUUUCGUCCUCAUUCAU